GGUGAAGAAUUAAGUGUAAACCAAAACAUCUUCCGAUCUCAUUUAUUACCAACAAAAUCCUUUAAUUUGUGUACAUGGGUUCUGGUUUUUCGACCAAUUUUCCGGUCAACAAUGAUGAAACUCCGGCGAGUUGCAGUCAUCUUCCACCGAAACAGCUGGGUGGUCUCGGAGACUUGCCGGAAAACUGUUUGGCCAUGGUGCUCGACCACUUUGACCCUCCAGAGAUCUGUAAGUUGGCCCAUGUGAAUCGAGCUUUUUAUCGAGCUUCGUGUGCUGAUGUUUUAUGGGAAUCGAAGUUGCCGGAAAACUAUGGUGUUCUUGUGAAGAAACUGCUUAAGGUUUACGAGUAUGAUUGCCGUUUGUCUAAAAAAGAUAUCUAUGCAAGAUUGUGUCGUCCGGUUCGUAUCUCCUCUGGUACAAAGGAAGUAUGGAGCGAGAAGAGAAGAGGAGGGAUAUGUAUGCUGGUUUCUUGGAAGGGGAUGAAGAUCACCGGAAUACAUGAUCGGAGAUAUUGGGCCCACAUCUCCACUCUUCAAUCCAGAUUCCAAACAAUUGCAUAUCUUCGACAAAUAUGGUGGCUAGAAGUUGAAGGACACGUUGAUUUUUAUUUUCCAACUGGUAUAUACAGUUUAUUUUUUCGACUGCAUCUUGGAAAACCGUCUCAAGGGCAAAACCAACACAGUUCAUCCAAUAAUCAAGAAAUUCAUGGUUGGACCAUCAAUCCUGUUCAAUUCAAAUUUUCUAUAUCAGAUGGUCAGAAUGCCAUGUCAAAACACUUUCUAAACAAGCAAGGCAAAUGGCUAUGUUAUCAUGUAGGAGAUUUUCAUGUUAAGGAAUCAUAUGAACCAACAAAGAUCAAGUUUUCAAUGACCCAAAUCGAUUGUACUCAUCAAAAAGGAGGUUUGUCAUUGGAUUCCGUACUCAUUUGUCCUUGUGGAACUAAGACACAUGGCAUAGUUUAAGGCACACAGGGUUCGAUGGGUCAUGUAUCUAGAUCGUACGCACAUGCUCUAUUAUCCGUCAAGCUUGCACCUACGAGUUGGACUUAUCGAGCCUUUGUAGAUAUUGGAUACUUGGUGUUUUCAUGUGCGAGUUAUGUAUAGAGAAGCAUGAAUGGUGUUGGUUGUUCUUUAUACAAAUGUAAGCUUGUAUUUUAACUUGCAUAGUCCUUUGAACUUCAAACAUUUUGGGCUUCAAUUCUUGUGAAUAUUUUAGAUGAAGUUUGAUUGA